UACCUAAGUAUCUACAGUGUUUUUCUACAAAUAUUCAAGGAGAGUGAAAAGUGUGAUAUUUUUGUGUUAUUCUCGAAAAGUGUUUUUAUUGGAUUGUUUCUUUUUUAGUUGAUGAGGUAUUCCAGUUCGUGGGGGGGUCUCGGUUGACACGAUGGAGGUGUCGUGGCUGGUGCUCGCCGCCAUCUUCAUAGCGGCGCACGCGCAGAAUAAUAGAAAUGACGGCCCGAGGUUUUUAUCAAGAGGUCACUCGUUCAGGACUGUAGUUGGAGACACACUGCUUCUACCAUGCCAAGUCCAGAAUUUAGGCUCAUUAGUCCUACUAUGGCGAAGAGGCCCGGCAGUGCUGACAGCUGCCAGCCUGAUGGUGACGAGAGACGAACGGUUUCGACUCGUCGACGGCUAUAACCUGCAGAUUACUGAUGUGGGACCUCAGGACGCCGGAGACUACGUGUGCCAGAUCUCCGACCGCGUCGCCCGGGACCAGGUCCACACAGUCGAAGUCCUAGUCCCACCAUCAGUUCGCGCCAUGCCCGAGUCGCGGCAUGCAGCGGCGCGGCGAGGCGGCGCGGCCGUGCUCGAGUGCAGGGCCGCCGGCAACCCCGUGCCGACUGUCACUUGGCAUAAGCUUGUGAUACCGGUGUUGCAGAACGACUCGAAGACGCGGCUCGGGGAGGGCCCGCAGCUGCAACUGUCGCGGCUAGAGAGGGGACACAGCGGCCGGUACGCCUGCACUGUCGAUAACGGGGUCGGCGCACCACUAGUCGCGGAGUUUCAGCUGCAAGUGCUGUAUCCUCCCGAGAUCACAGUGGAGCGCUCGUGGGUGCACACGGGUGAAGGAUUCAGAGCUGAACUGCUCUGCACAGUACUCGCUGACCCACCGGCUGAGGUGACCUGGUACCAGAACUCGUUCCCACUGAGCGCAUCGGAGCGCGUGACGAUGUCGGCGCGAGGAAACAACCACACGCUACUCAUAGCUAAUGUGCAGCCUGAGGACUUUGGCAAUUACAGUUGCGUAGCAGACAACAGCCUCGGCCGAGCCCGUCAGCACGUCGAAGUCUCAGGCCGGCCCGGACCCGCGCGGUUCACAUCGGCUCCUCUAGCUCGAUCCCAUACAAGAUACGUGCUGGCGUUCGCAGUAGACAGCUAUCCACCGCUUGAUGAACUGAGGCUGUUGUAUCGACAAUUGGCGAUAAACGAAUCCUUCCAGCAACCAGGCCGCUGGCACGACGUCGUCAUCCCAGCCCCCGCGCCCGCCGGCUCGCUCACACACCGCGUUACUCACGAGCUGCGCGGGCUGGAGCCGGGAGCUGUGUACGAGUCUAUCGUGCAGGCGAAGAACAGAUAUGGAUGGAAUGAGGUCAGCGACAUAUUCCAGUUCCACACUCUAGGCGGCACCCACACGGCCCACGCAGACGAACUAACCCCCAUGUUUUCAUCAUCAACAAGAAAACAGCUAACAAAAUCCAUAAUAUUCGCCUUAUAUACGUUUUUAACGUAUUUUAUUUGAACCGACCAAUCACAGCGCCCCGUUUGACGUUUCAAAUUUUUGACGUUUAUUUUUUUUAAUCGUAAAACGAUAAGACACCAAACUCUUUAGUGUUAAGCUUUUUUAAGAGUGACAGUGACAGUUUUUUUGGCGCCAGAUUUUUUGACAGCUUUUUUUCGCGCGGGAUUUUAAUAAAAGUAAUACCUAUGUAUUUAACGAAUUCUUUUAAUAAAUCAAUGAUAAAAUUAUCAAACUAAUGUACUUGAAAUUAAAAUUGCGCGCGAAUUAAUAAAUAUGGCGUUCUUGAGCUUGUUAUCAGUGUUACCAUACCUUGAAUAAAGCUACCAUUUUGUAUAAAUCGCAUAAAGUUUAGGGUUCCUUCGAGUUUAUAUUUAAAAUACCUGACAAUGACUGUUUACGCACACUAUUUUUAAAUUAAAAAUAUGUUUUUGUUUAAUUUUAAGCUGAAUUUCAGUAAAAUGUGCUUAUGCAUAUCGUUGGUCGUUGAAUCAAAUUAUUUAUUUGUAUUAAUUUGGUUUAAUGACAAACCUCACCUGCCCAAAUCAUUAGAAUAUUAAUAAUAAUAGAAUAUCAGCUAGUUGCAUCAAAUUUUACGUUUUUCAUUUGUACGUAUUAAUAGAAAGUAAAUCAAAGAACAUUUUUUUUUAUAAAACUGACAGUUUUAUUUUAUUCUUUCGUGUAUCUGUCAUCGGAAAUUAAUAAGAACCGCAAGUUUAUAAACCUAGGAAAAUUAAAAGUUAUAAACUGAACUCACACGUAAAAUAAUAAGAAAGCAAUAAUCUAAAGCUAUGUGCGCUCUGAUUGGUUGCGUGUCACGUGGUAGCAUCACUGUCAAUAUCGACCAAUCAGAGAGCACUGUCUUAUUUGCUUUUACCGUUUAGAAUCCUACUAAAGUUUAUAAAUUCGCAGUUCUUAUUAUUUUCCGGUAAUAUACACAUAUUUUGAAAUAAUACGAUUUCGGUGCAACUGGUUAAAAAAUGUAUAUAUCGCUAUUGUGUGCAAUAGAAUAUAAUUUGCUUAACAUAAUCAUAAAAUGCAUUAACUUAAACCUUACUUUACAUAGAGGAACCUAAUAAGAUCUAGUCGUAACAUAGUAAAAACUAUAAUUUCGCAUAUAUAGUCGCUUUUUAACAUAUAUAUGUAAUAUUUUACGAUACAUAAUAAUAUUUUUUACUAAAUUACAUCCAUGUAAAGUGAAUUUACUAAUAUAUUGUAGUUAUAAUAAUAUUCUAAGGUUUUUCCAAAUGAAAAAUGCUUUUGUCACAAAAUGGCCGACUAGUCAAGUCAGUAGUAUUGUAAAUGAAAUGAUUUUGAUGUAAAUGCGAUUAAGUAAUUGAACGUUCGACUGUUUUUGCUGCGAUUGACACUACACACUGAAGUUUGGACAUUACUUUAACCGACUCAGAUUAUCUUCAAAUUGUAAUUUUAAUGCUACUUGAUAGAAACAAGCAAGACUUAAUAGUCUUGCUUUGCUGGUUAUACCUUCUUAAGAAUCUUAUAACAGCUCUAUAUGUCAUCAUCAUGAUUCUACCAACCUGGGGCGAAUUGUGAAAAUCUCAUAAGUCUAAAAAAGUUUAUAAUAGGAUGUGAAGUUUUCUUCCGAGUUUUCACUCUUAAAGACGCGCUUCGUUACAUGUGCGCAAAACUUCGCUUCAUCUUUUCAGUGCUCUUAAAAUGAAUGAGUAAUAGGUAUGGCUAAUCAUAUCUCUUCUUGUCAAGAUCUUAUCUUAAUUAGUAAUAUAUUUAUAUUUACAUACAUUUUCAGUGUGUAGUGUCUAUCUUAACCUUCUCGGUCCCCAUAUAAGCAGUUAGGCUCCUAGUUAUUAUUUUAAUUAAGCAAUAAAUCGUGUUAGUGAUAAAAUCUAUCUCUAGGAGUAAAGUAACGUGUAUUUAUUAUUUUAAUUUCAAACGUUUCUUGAGGUUUCGUGUCAAAUUGAUGAUGGUAGUGACAAUCAUCUGCGUAGCCUUUUUCCAACUAUGUUGGGUUCGGCUACCUGUCUAAUGGAUGUAGCUGAGUACCGAUGUUUUACAAGGAGUGACUAUUUGACCUCAACAACUGAAAAAAAAAUACAUUUUUUUUUUUAUAACUAACAGCUUUCACUGUUUUCCAUACAGAAAUAAAAUAUAGCCUCUAUCACUCGGGAAGACUGUAGCUUUCCAAUACUGUAGCUUUGACGAGACUUUAUGGUUUAAACAAACAAAUAUUUCCUCUCAAUUAUGUAUAUUAGUACAGGUUAACGACUGAGCGUCUCGUAUGAAAGUCGCUACCACCAUCAAUAUGAACACAUUUUAAGUCUUGAAGUCGGAAGUCGAAGUCCUCAGCGAUUAAAAACGUAAUUUAGGUGCAAUAUUAAUUUAAGUGUGAAUUCGAAAGCAAUAUUGGAACACAUCACUAGUUUUUUGUAAGAAAACAAAAAUUUAUUGAAGAUUUUUUAUUUGUUUAUUUAAAUUCACAUGAUUUAUUUUAACUUGUUUAUUUUGUUGAAUGUAAUAAGGAAAAAAAACAUGAAUAGAUUAUGAUUUACAGUUCCCAUACAUGGGUCUGAAUAAAACUGUAAAAUAGCAGCGAAAAUUGCUUACUUUCUUGCAAAAAAAUACUAUUAUAACAGAUUUUUUGUAUUUAAAUUGUACCUAGCACUGUACUACCACAUUACUUUUUCUGGGCUACAUUUCUUCUGGGCACUUAUGUUAUUAUAAUUUAAAAUUAAAUAAUUUUCAAAACAACUAUGUAAAUGAACACUGCCGAGGUAUUUUUAAAAACUUUUUUACAAUAUUUUUUUUAAGAUUUUAUUUUUGACAAACGCAUCAUAAAUAAAUAAAUUAAUUAAUGUAAUAAAUUAAAGAAAAUCGGCCAUAAUUCUUUGGACAAGAAUUUAGAUGUAUUUUUUUUUAGAAAAAAAAAAAUAAUACUUGGUAUAAUAUUAUAUAAAAAAAAUAUUAUAUAGUUCGAGUGAAAAAUUGUAAAUUUGAUGGGCUGUAGAAAAGCGCCUUUUUAUUUAAAGAAAAAAAGAAAAUACUGAACCCUGUAUGUAGUAAAUAAACGUGUAAGUUUAUUAUAA